AUGUCUUCCAUUCAAGUUGCCGACCAGCUACCAUGGGAUCCUAACAACACCAAAUUCCCAUCGCGGAAGGAUCUUCCAAAUAUCCCUGGUGCACCUGAGGGUGCUGCUUGGGUCUGGGGCAAAGAUGAUGAGCUGGGCAGAUUGAACCUCUUGACGCCGCAGCGGGUCAAGGAAUCUAUUGCUGAGAUUGAGACUGGCGAGAUGGUGCGACUAGACCUUCCUCUCACAGUACCUGAGCACCCGAUUAUGGGCCGCGAGGUAUUCCAGCAUAACAUCAAAACGCUUGUUGAGGGUGUUGCUUAUGAUGAUACAUACACUCUAAAUACCCAGAGCGGGACGCAGUGGGAUGGAUUCCGUCAUUUCGCCCACAUCGACAGCAAUUGUUUCUACAAUGGGGCCAAAGGUAGCGACUUCGUAGGCGAAACCGCCAACCACCGCUGCAGCGUCCACCACUGGGCAAUGCACGGAAUCGCCGGUCGAGGCAUCCUCCUGGAUUACUACCACUACGCCAAAGCACACAACAAGUCCUACGACCCCUAUACAACACACAGCAUUACCCUAUCGGAGCUGCAAGCAUGUGCGACCUCUCAAGGCCUAGAUCUACGUCCGCAGUCCGAAGGCGGCGACAUCCGCGUUGGAGACAUGCUCCUCAUACGCUCCGGCUUCGUGGAUCGAUAUCACGAGCUGAGUAGUGAGCAGCGGCGUGCAGCUGCAACACAGUCCCACGAGGGCUUGUGCUUUGCGGGACUGUCGCGUGAGGAGGCUCUCCGGGACUGGUUGCACGAUUGCUAUUUUGCGGCUGUGGCGGGUGACUCGCCGACGUUUGAGGCAUGGCCUGUUCCUGAGAGUGACUAUUUGCAUCAGAGCUUGCUGGCGCUGUGGGGGUGUCCUAUUGGUGAGAUGUGGGAUUUGGAAAGACUCGCUGAGAAGUGUCGGGCGAGGGGGAAGUGGUCUUUCUUUAUGACUAGUGCUCCAGCCAAUAUGCCUGGUGGAGUUGGUAGCCAUGCGAAUGCCACUGCUAUUCUUUAG